GUGCGAGCUGGCGCUUUGCUCAAGCUCAUCGACAUCGUAGCUGGCGUCUCGGCUCGUCGACAUGCAUCCUGCAAUUGCGUGACCAUCUCAGUAGACGCUGUCGUCCUCCUGGCUCCCAUUCCCGUCUCUGCGCUCGUUCACCUCUCAGCUUCCGUGAAUAGAGCUUGGUCCUCCUCCAUGGAAGUGGGAGUCAGAGUCAUCUCCGAG